AUGGAUGCCUCGUCGAAGGCAGAUAAUGCCGAACCAGUUAGAGGAAGACGCGAAAGGGAGUCCGGGUUCAACAACGAGCCAAAACCUGUCGACAGCGAUAGACCCUAUUCUACAUCAUCUUCAUCAUCAUCCUCCUCGUCAAAUAGCAAUCUUCCGCCGACAAAACCUUUACAUCCCUGGAUCAAAUUCGUCUCAACAUACCUAAGAACCCAUCUUGCAUGGGUUUUCCAAAAUACGGCAUGGAGCAAGCUCAAACCUGUGAUCCGAUGUGCCCUCGUAGCAUGGUUGUCCCUCGUAUUGUUUGUCAUUCCAGCCGUUGAGCUGGUUCUUGGCCAAGCGAGCUUUCUUAUUCUCAUUGGGGUGGUGCUCUCCCCACCAUCAGAUCCAUUUUUGUCCGUUCUCGAACGCGAGAUCCUCAUUCUCGUCUUUGUGUGCCUCACAUGGGCGUGGUCAUGCCUGGGACUCUUUUUGGCAGACCUUGCACGUACUGUUAAAGUUCCAACGGCCACGAUUUUCGAUGUUGCAGAUGGAAAAUAUAUCGAAGCUGGGCCGUCUGUUAUUAUCGGGGUAUUUAUCUUUAUCGGAUGCUCUACAAUCCUUGCCUUCAGAGCGAAGCAGGGCCCGGGGCCGUUUGUUUUCCCUUGCAUUCUAGCAUGUCUCUGUAUAAAUAUAUGUUUAACAACAGGGGCGCUCUUUCCCUUCCCAUUUUACCUCAUCGGACGAACCAUUGUCGUCCCUCUUGCCAUUCACAGUGGUCUCUCCCUCCUUGCUUCAGUUCUCGUCUUCCCAUGCACCAUCUCAGCGCAAUUUACCACGCUCUUAUCAGAUACACUAACGCCUGCUAUAUCCAUGCUAUCCACACACAUCACCCUGUUACAGGCCGCCCCAAUGACUUCGCCGACAUUUCCCCCGCUUCUGGCCGCCAUGCGCGGCGAAACAAAGAAAGUGGAAGCAUCGCUCGUCCCGCUUGCCGCGGCGCGAAGGCUGCUUCCGAACGAUAUUAUCUACGGCAGAUUCGCACCUGCGGACUUUACAGCGUUUCAUGGAAUGCUCCGUCGCUUUGCCGGACGCGCCGAUGGUCUGGGCGUCUUCUUUUCUUUAGUGGAUCCAGCGAGAGAGAGGUUCCCGGGUACAGGCGGGGUAACGCCUGUUACUGUUCCUGGAACGCCGCGCGUUGGUUUAUCUCGAGUGACUACCAGAGCGCCGUCCUUGGAGAGAGACACCAAUAGGGAUGGCGUUGUGGAAGUUACGACGAGCCAUGAUGGAUUAACCACGUUAGGUGCACCGCUUUCUCCUGUCGCAACGUCGCGCAGGAGCAUUAAAUCCCAGCCGCUGCCAUCAUCUCACACCCACCCAACAAUAUCUUCGCCUUCGUCUAACGCUCUGGUUUCACCGACUAUCAAGCACUCGCAUUCUUAUGCUGCAUCUGCUCAUUCUCAUCUUCAUGCCCACUCACAUUCGCAUUCGCAUUCGCACUCGCAUUCACACAGUCAUACUCAUCACCAUCACGCCUUGUUGCAUUCAUCGUUACUCAGUCUUGCUAAGGCGAGAGCUAAGAGGCCAGAGCAUGCUGUGGGCACUUUUGAAAGUCAGCGGUAUCUGAACCUGGAAGCCACUACGCUCUGGGAUCCAAAUGAAGAAGAAUGGAACGCAAAGAUUGGAGUGCUGUUGAAGGAGAGUUGUACGCCACUCCUGGAAUCGUGUGGAACCGGCUUGAGUAUGGUAAAGGAAUGGUUGUCGACUGUGAGAGACUCCAGGAUUAAACAGCUCCUUCAUUCGUGGAGAGGCCAUACAGAAAAUGGGAAGGUGGAAAAGGAGGGUAUCAGUGUUAAUGAUAAAAGGCCCGGAACUCAAAAAGAUUUCGAAAAGCGGAGGGAGGAAAGAAUUGAGAAGAUCAGAAAGAUUAGACGGGAGGUCGAGAAGGUGUUACAAGAAUUUCGCCAAGUUCAUCGACACAAAGUGCUGGAACCGUAUAGAAAAGCUUUCGAGCACCAACAAUCCGACUCGCAUCGCAAUAGCGAAACAUUGCCCACUUCUCCUCUCCAACAUGACUCUUCAGACAGCACUGACAUAGGGAAUGGGAACAUUUUCGCUUACAGUUCCUACGAUGAAAGUCCUCCUGUUAAAGGAGAUCAUGAGAAGGAGAGGGACAAGGACCAUGAGAGCGAUCAUCAUCAUCACCAUCACGGAGGCCACAAAACACCAGCGCAUAGGUAUCUAUUCAACUGCUUCGUGUAUCAAUAUAAUCUACUGCAGAUUGCGUCAAUCGUUCUCGAAAUGCUCGAUGAGAUAUUGCGAUUAGAGGCAGAACGAACAGAGUGCACAUUGUGGACGCCGGCGAAGCGAGUUUUUAGCUGGAAGCCCUGGAAUAUUGCAAACACCGUGGAGCAUCUAUCUGAAGACGAUGAUCCUGCAUUUCCACUAGAUUCAGAUCAGGACUUAGGCCUUCCCAGACGACGUGACCCUGACGCGCUACCCCCGAGAAACCUCGCAGAAUCGCUCAUGUACUUGAGCUAUAAAUUAUUUGCUGCUUUGGGCACAGACGGUGUCUUGUUCGGAAUCAAGGCCGGACUCUUGAGUGUCGCCCUCAGCCUGCCCAGUCUUUUUAAAAAUUCCGCUGGCUUUGCGUAUGAUAAUCGAUUCGUUUGGGGAAUAUUCAUGGGACAGUUGACUAUUGCAAGGUUUCGAGGAGAUACUAUCUUUGGUAUCUCUGCGAGGAUCAUCAGCACCUUCUUCGGCGCUAUUGUGGGCAUGGUCAUUUGGUAUAUAUCCUGCGGUAGUGGAAAUGGGAACCCUUAUGGACUGGCAGCAGUCUGCGCUGUGGUUUUCCCAUUCUUCUUCUUUGGAAGGAUAUACUGGCCUAUACCCCCUAUGCGCAAUAUCGUCUUUUUUGUGACGAUUAUUUUGGUUAUUGGAUAUUCCUAUCAAGACGAGCAUAUUAACGUGCCAGGGUCUCCUGGAGUUGGAUGGCCAGUGGCAUGGAAACGAUUUACUCUCGUAACGGCGGGUGUCGUUGCUGCGUUCGUUGCAUCAUUCUUCCCUCCAUCAACCACCAUCAGGUUAUACCAGCGUAGACUUUUGUCCACUACGUCUUCAGAACUCGGUACUAUCUACUGCGCGAUCAUAUCGUUUGCCAACACGAAGCACGAACCCGAAAUCCAAGAGAUUGUCUCAAGCUUACUGGCAGUGCGUAAUAAACUCGCCAAGUCAGCCGGACUCAGAGGAAAUGUCGUUUACGAGUUCUCUUUGAAAGGUCGAUGGCCUGCAGAUAGGUAUCAAAAGAUUGCCGAUUUACAAGUAGGAAUAUCGUAUUGUCUGUCCCACCUGAUGUCUGUCUUGGAGCAUCUUGAACCUGCAUGGUCUCGCGCAUUCCUCAGGAGAACGCGAUUCAUGGACCCCGGGUUCCAAGGAGACGUACUUGCUGUAAUUUCAAUGAUAUCGUCAUCUCUGCGUACCGGAAAUCCUCUUCCCCAAAUCACACCUUGUCCACUUAUCGAUAGAUUCUUGCUCAAAUACCAUGGCCUCGACGUCAUUCAUAAGGACGCCGAAGAAGACUAUGGGUUACCGCGAUCAUUGUCAAUCGAGACGCUCAAAGACGAACAAUACCUGAUGUUUUCCGUUGGAAUUUCUACCGCCUUCGGUAUAAUAAAUCGCUUGGACCGUUUGAUGAUUGCAGUCAAGGAAAUUGUGGGUGAACAGUAUCAUAUACAUGGUGUAGGCUUCGUGCGAGCACCAAUGCCCAUGAGCGUCGGUAGAGCAGGUGGUGGUGGUGGGGUUGAGAUGGGAUCACGGACGAACACAGUUCACUUCGAUGAGCCUGUUCAGUUACAAAAUUAA